AUGAAUCGUGUAGCAGCAGGAGUUCAGAGACGUGCGCAUUUGGCGAUCGUAUUUCUUUACGAGACCAUUGUAUUUACGCGCCAAGCUAUCGUGAAUCUGAAUUUUGACGAAGAAUUUUGGUUCCCUCCUGAAAACAAAGGAGAGAAGUCUCCAUCUAUUUUUUCUCGUAAUAUGAAUGAAAGGCCAACUGGGGGUUUUGAAGGAUUAGAGGAAGAAGAGAGACAGAGAACGAAGCAGCUAAUGAUAGUUCGGGAACCAGCUUCAACAAGCAGCAUAUUUCACAGGUCGGCUCAGAUUCAUCCAGGCGCAGCACAGGGUGAUUAUUUCACGAUAUAUACUUGUGAUUUUAACGACUAG